AUGGAUGCGCCUGCAGAUGGUGCCCAACCCAAGGAAUGGCUGAGCAAUGGAGCCCACGAGGAGUCUGCGCAGACAUCCUGGCUGCAUCGCCUGGACAUCACAAGACUGCCCUGGAUCCUUCCGACACUCUGUUGCCUUCUGUACCUUCCCUGCGUGACCUACAGCGAGUGGUAUAUUGAUGAGCUCUUCGCGGUGCUUCGAAAUGAAGAUGCGAGGGGAGAGACGCCGCUCUCACAGGUCUUUACCAACGACUUCUGGGGCAACCCUUUAUGGGGCAAAAGCUGGACGCACAAGUCUUACCGGCCAUUGGCAGUCCUGUCCUUCUCAUGGCAGUUCAGCUGGCUUGGCGAGGACCUGUUUCGACCGCAGCCUCUCCGUACCUUCAACGCCGCUCUUCACUUGGCCAACUCGCUUCUCGUUCUGGCCCUUUUGCGCGAACUGGAUCUCCAUCGGCGGUGGAGCUGCAUGGCCGCUGCACUCUUUGCGGCACAUCCCGUCCAUGUGGAGAACAUCGUGUACCUCGUGGGUCGUGCAGAUGCUCUUGCCACUUUUGGAUGGCUUCUGGCUGCCAUUGCCCAGAUCCGCGCGAGACGCGCGUGGCAGGCUUCCGAGAAGCCACCGCGCUUGGCCUGCGCGCUGCUGGUCAUGCUUUGCGGCCUCUUGGCCACAGUGUCCUGCCUCUGCAAGGAGAUGGGAAUUACGCUCCUGGUGUUCACCGCCGGACUGGAGCUAGUUAGUUGCAAACCCCGCCAGCGAUGCCUGGCCACAGGCGCGCUGCCUUUGGCCGUUGCCUCACUGCUUCUCUUUGCCGUCUUGGCCUCCCUCCGCUUCAUGAUGACGCAGGGCUCAAGCGCUGCCUUCGGCUUCGUGGAUACCCCUGUUCAAUAUCACGACAACUGGCAGGUGCGAGCUUGGAGCUACCUCUUCCAGCACUCUUACUACGGCAAGCUGCUGGUUCUUCCUGGCGCUCUGUCCUGGGAUUACUCCUUCGACGCGAUCCCUCUGCUCCGUGCCACAUGGCGCGACGUGCGUUCACUGGGCGUCUUGACUGCCUACCUUACGCUGUUGGCGAUGAUCAGCCGCAGCUUAUCAGCCGGCGGUCAACGUCGAUUGUUGCUAGGCUUGCAAGUCAUCGUCAUUCCCUUUGUGCCCGCUUCCAACCUGUUCUUCAAGGUUGGCGUGACGGUUGGCGAACGGCUGCUCUAUCCAUGCACCGUCGGGGCUGCAAUGGUGGCUGCGGCCCUGGGGCAGCACCUAGGGCGCCGCCGUUCCUGGCCUUUCCGAUUAGCCACUGCGCUGCUGGCUGUCUACGUCUGGCGCUGUGGACAGCGUGUGUGGCAGUGGCGAUCGUCAGAGGCACUGUACAUGGCGGAUGCUCUGUCCUGGCCGACAUCAGUAAAAACCCGGCACCAGCUUGGGACGGUCUUCCAUCAGCAGGGACAAAGCGAAGAAGCUUUGCGCGAGUUCAAUGCUUCGCUGAUGAUUCUGGAUGACAACGCGCUGACAGACCACUGCAUAGCGCAGGUCUACAUCGAAACGGGCCGCUACCAUCUCGCUUUGGAGCGCUUCGAGAAGAUUCUGCGUGGGCAUGGAGUGGGAUUCUCUGCGUUUAAUCUCUGGAUGUUGUAUGUGGACUAUGGCUUUACGCUGGUUGCCUUGGGCAAGUUCCAAGAGGCCAUCCAGCCUCUGGAGUACGGUCUCUCCAGGAAUGCUGCAGUCCCGCACGGACAGAAUGCUUUGGGUUACGCCUACGCGCAGCUCAACCAGUUGCAGGAAGCGCAAGAGGUCCUUGCACGAGGUCUGGAGUACGAUCCCGACAACCCCGUGAUUUGGUCGAAUCUGGCCGUCGUGUGGAUGGUGGCUGGUGCCUUCCAACAGGCGGCCCAGGGUCUCGAGAAAGCUCUAACCAUGGAGCCAAACAACCCGGUCACCAUUCACAAUGCCAUGCUGCUGAAAGGUGUUUCGGAGACUGGGCAACUGACGCAGCAGCCGCGGCUCGACCUGUUCUUCUCGAAAAAUUGA